AUGUCUCGUAAUAAACGUAAAUUAAAUAUUACCGAGUCAAACACAACUGACAUUGAAGAACCAAUAGAAAAAUAUGCAAAAAUUGAAUCUGAUUCUACUGAUCUUCUUCGUUUAGACGAUAAAAAUUUUAAUGAAACUGAUUAUCAAAAUGCAUUUCAAACAAUUGCUAAUAAAUUAAUGAAUGGAUAUGAAUUAGUUAUAAACAAAGAACAUAAUUUUCGUUUAUGUGAAAUUGAAUUUUAUUUAUAUCAUCAAAUUCGUCAUCAAGAUACAUUUGCACAUCGACAUCCUGAACAAAUACAUUAUUCAAAUUGGUAUUUUCAUCGACAAGGUACAUCAUCAACAGCUAGUUAUAAAGGUGGAACUUACAAAGGUUUAGAUAUAACAUUUGGUUCACUAAAUGAUACUUCCUACGGUGGUAUACUUAUUCGAUCAAUAGAAAAUAAAGAAACUAAACAAAUCUAUGAAGGAAGUUGUUUAGUUGUUGAUGCUAUAUUAAAUUUAUGUAAUAGUGAAACAAUCAAAGAACUCGUUGAAAUAAAAUUAAAUAAAAAUUUACAUGUUUUUAAUCAAAAUCAAUUUAUCUAUUUACGUUCAUGCAAAUCUCAAACAAAUCAAGAUAUUAUUGCUUCACCACGUGUUGGUUUAACAUUAAAAGUUCCAUCACUAGAUCGUGAACGUUUUUUAUUUCGUCCAUAUCGUUUUACAUUAAAAAAUUAUUACCCAAAAAAAAUGAAAAUUACAGUUCUAUUAGCAUUAGCUGCUGAAAAAUAUUUUAAUAAUAAGAAAGAAAAUUUUACUGAUUAUGCCAAAGAAUUAGCUGCAAGUACAAAAACUCGUCAAGCAACACUUAUGAUUAAUUUAAAUGAUUUACAAACCGGUUAUGAUAUGGAUAUAUCAAAAAAGACUUCACCAUUAGUUGAUUAUUAUAAGAAAAAUUUUACAACAACAGAUUUAGCUCAAGCUUAUGGAAUUUGGAUUAAAAAAUAUCGAACAAAUUAA